AUGGCACCGGAAGCAAUAACAGAGACAAUGCAAGUCCCUAGGAGAGCUUACGUGACGUUUUUGGCCGGGAAUGGUGACUACGUGAAAGGAGUGGUCGGUUUGGCCAAGGGCCUGAGGAAGGCCAAGUCAGCCUACCCUCUCGUGGUCGCCAUUUUGCCUGACGUGCCCCAGGAGCACCGUCGGAUCCUUGAAUCUCAGGGAUGUAUUGUCCGUGAGAUCGAGCCGGUGAACCCUCCGGAGAACCAGACUCAGUAUGCUAUGGCAUACUACGUCAUCAACUACUCUAAACUCCGUAUUUGGGAGUUCGUGGAGUAUGACAAGAUGAUCUACUUGGACGGUGAUAUACAAGUGUUUGAAAAUAUUGAUCACCUCUUUGAUCACUGUCUGGAUGGGUACUUUUAUGCUGUGAUGGAUUGCUUUUGUGAGAAGACAUGGAGCAAUUCUUCUCAGUAUACUAUUGGGUACUGCCAACAGUGCCCUCAAAAGGUGGAGUGGCCGGCUGAGAUGGGCUCGCCUCCCCCACUCUACUUCAAUGCGGGCAUGUUCGUCUAUGAGCCUAACCUUUUGACUUACCAUGAUCUCUUAGAGACUCUCCAAGUGACCCCUCCCACUUCAUUUGCUGAGCAGGACUUGCUUAACAUGUAUUUCAGGGAUAUAUAUAAACCUAUCCCUUCCAUGUACAACCUUGUCUUAGCCAUGCUGUGGCGCCACCCCGAAAAUGUGGACAUUGAGAACGUGAAGGUUGUCCACUAUUGUGCUGCGGGGGCAAAGCCUUGGAGGUACACAGGGGAGGAAGAAAACAUGGAGAGGGAAGACAUCAGGAUGCUGGUUAAGAAAUGGUGGGAUAUUUAUGAUGACGAGUCUUUGGAUUACAAGAAUUCCGCGUCUAACUUUAUAGCUCACCCUCUAAUAUUCAAGGCGUUAUCGGAGGCUGGAAAACUCUCCAGAGAGGAGCCGGAUGGGGUAGAAUCCGUCGUACGUGUCGCCGGCGGAACGAUUUGGGGAGUGUCAGUUUUAUCAUUUUUUAGUUCCAGAUCUGCUCUAUUCCCCCAAUCUCUAGUCGACACGCGCCUCCCAGCCUUGCUCGCCGUCGUCCUCCGGUUCUGCCGCUGCUUGCUACGGCCGGAAAGCUCUCCGUUGCCCGGCGCGUGGUCAUCACGAGCCAGGGGGUUCGUCACUCCUUGGGCUGCGCGUGAUGACCACGUUUCCGCCUCUGUUGCCGUGCUUGAUGGCCACAGAUUUGUGACCGACUCCAUAGUGCAAGUAGAGGUUCAUAUGUCAACGCAGAGGCACAUUUCUGUUGACCAGGUUUAUUUGUAG